GGCUUGUCCUAAGGUCCGAGCUAUACCUGGGCCUCGAUACCGACUGGCCCACCGAUGUCCAGGGUGUUCCCCGUGUGAUUGCCCAAUACAACGGUCUGUCCAGAGAUAACGCCUGGAAUUGGCCAGCAAGUUGCAGAACGUAAGUCACUCCCCCCAACCCAUGUACUGUAGCAAAGCAUCCGUCAUUCUGUACCUCAGACGUCUAACGGAGAGGAAAAAUUCCAGCGUUUCCGGGACCUGCUCUGUCGAAAAGCUGGGAGACUCGGCGGCCUGCGUGCGAACCCCGGAAAGGCCGUUCGCCCUCUGGUCGAUGCAGAACUUGGCCCUCUUCCUCCAGGAGUGGUAUAAAGAGUUGAACAACGCCAUCGACAGCGCCUCGCUCUUCACGGCCCAGUUCGCCAACACCUUCAUUUCCUACUCCUCCCAAGAGCCCGCCGGCGAGGCAGCGUGGCUCACCAUCGUCGCCGGAAUGUUCGGGAGCAUAGGCGCUUUCAGCGGCGGUGCCGGGACGUAUUCCGGUCUGAUCACCAUUGCUGCCGGCGCAGCCAGUCUGUCGAGCUCCAGCCCGCCGGAGGAUCCCCGGUUCACCAACUUUGCGACCGCGCAGGCGAAGCUGGGCGAGGCGAAGCUCGAAGUCAUGGAUACGAUGGACAAGUACUUCAAGCGCCUCCUCGCGGACACGCCCCCGAACGACGAGUGGGAAACGGGGACGGAGCUGGCGAGGAUCAUCGAGAGCGGCGCCUUCGCCGACCAGGACAUCGCCCAGGCGCCCUCCAAUUCCACCAUGACCAGAUGGGUCCAGGCCUCGAUGAUCAGCGGCAUGUGGAACACCGGGAAUGUGGCCAUUAUCAAGUGGUCCAACGACAAUCCCUUUGCGAGGGACUAUGGGUUCAGCCCCUGCUUCGGGCGUCCCGGUAUUGGGAAUUCCCAGGCCGUGGCCUGCGUGAUGGAUCACAACUUCCUCAUUGCUCGCAUGGCAGUGCAGGGAAAUAGCCGUAGCGACGCCAGCCACGUCAGGGACUUCCCCGACAUUGGCCAGAGCGAGGAAACACUUCAGAGAUACGGCCUCAGCCAGCUGCAGGUCAUCCGAUCGGCCAUGAGGACGCAGGAAGCGGCCAACUCGUACCUGCCCACGAGCAACGUCGUCAAGAAGCUCGUCGACGACGUCACCAACAGCCCCGGGGAGAACAUCGCCGACUUUUUGCCCCUCUUCAACAUUCCCGUUUGCGACCUCGACAAGCUGCCCGACCUUGUGCCGCAGUACAGCUUCUGCCGGAUGUUGCAUCUUGAUGAUGAUUACAGCAACCGCUGCAUCCAGAAGAUCAUGUCGGACAACUGUAAGAGGCUGCCGCUUGGCGGUUCGCAGUGGCCGUAUGUAUAUGAUGACUGGUGAUGCUGUGCGCCUUACCAGGGGUGGACGGGGGCGCAGUGCGUGCUAAUUCGGGCGGUGGUUUUG